AUGGAAAGUGCGAUUGUGGAAUGUCGAUGCAAAAAACUAGACUUCGGCCACAUUGUCAGUGGACACAUCUUUACAAAUGCUAUAAGCACUGGCUAUCCCAAAUGGGCGAAAGCUGUCAUGCGGAAUAUUGCUUCGAUUGCGACCUGUGGAUUCAAGGCGUCCAAGAAUGGUCUUAUCACUGUCAGCGUCAUCUGGAUGAGCCGGAGGACCUACUUCGGUGUGAUCUAA